AUGGGCCUGGAGGAGUUUGAGAAGGAGAUUGCCGGGAGCAAGUCGCGCGACUCAAAGGAGGACAGAAAGAGAGAACGCGACGAGGAACGAAGCUCGGAGCGGAGGAAACAUCACCAUCAUCACCAUCGCUCUCACCGGAAAGGAGAAGACGACCGCGCCGACGAUCGCAGGCACAAGCGCCACCGAGAUCGAGAUGAGGACGAUCGUAGUCAUCGUCACCGCAGCAAACGCCACCGAAGCGAUUCGCCGAAGCGUGACAAGGAGGCCGAGAAGGAGCUGAAGGUGAAGCGCGAUGCCUGGAUGCAGGAGCCGGGGGCGUUGGACGUGGAUUACGUACAGCGCAAGCAGAAAUCACCGCCACGCGGUCAAUUUGUGAGCGCAAAGGAUACCCACGAUUUCAAGGUACAUCAGAGUGAGGUGAAAAGCCACCUGUCCGAUCUCCAGAAUGAUUUCGAGUCCGACGGUGACGACAAUGGUGAUGCGGCUGAGGGCAAAGUGGAGGACGAGCCAGCGCAGCACGAAGUGGCGUACACCUUUGGCGACAACGGCAGUUCGUGGAGAAUGACAAAGUUGAAAGCUGUCUAUCGUCAAGCAGAAGACACCGGGAAGAGUGUUGACGACAUCGCUCUUGAGAGGUAUGGUGACCUUCGUGAUUUUGAUGACGCACGCGAGGAGGAGCGUGAAAUGGACAGGAGGAAAAUGUACGGGAAGGACUAUGUGGGCCUUGAGAAACCCUCGGGCGAACUGUUUCAAGAGCGUAAAAUGGCAGCUGGCAUACGGCGAGAGGCGCAAGAUGCGGUAGACGCUGAGAAGGAACGUAUAUCGCUAGCCCAGGGAGAGACAAUGGCUGAAGAGGCGCCCCCUGCAAGGACCGUGGCUCUUGAUGCGACUGCUCUCAACAAAUUGAAGGCCCAGAUGAUGAAGGCAAAGCUGCGGAAAGCGCCCAAUGCUGCACAGCUGGAAGAGGAGUAUAAAUUGGCCGAGACUGCCAGUCUUGCUAAUACUGCUCAACCCGAUGUGCUCGUGCUUAGCAACAUGGAGAAUAGAAUGCUCGCUGGCGAUCGUUCAGGUGAAGUGACGGCCAUAUCAGGGAAACGCGGUAUCGAGCGCGGGUUGGUGAAAGAGAAUGAGGACAUGUCGAUUGAAGACAUGGUCAAGCAAGAGAAGCGCACUCGAGGGGCCAACGGUGGUGAGGGCAGAGCCUUUGCGGAACGAAUCGCAAAGGACGGCAAGUUCAAAAAUGACCUUGACUACAUGGACGACAACGCCGGAAACCUGUCGAAGAAAGUCAUCAAAUCGGACUCCAAUCUGCGGAAUGCAGCCGUCGGCGAUUUUCAGAAGAUGCAGAAGAUUCUUGAGAACUGCCCCUUGUGCUACCACGAAGAGUCAAAUCAGCCGCCCACCGCACCCGUGGUCAGUUUGGCCACCCGCACCUACAUGACUCUAACCACCGAGCCGGAGGUUGCCAAAGGAGGUGCGGUGAUUGUCCCUAUCCAGCAUCGUCUUAAUCUACUGGAAUGCGACGACGACGAGUGGGAAGAGAUCCGAAACUUCAUGAAAUCACUUACGAGAUUCUACCACGCUCAAGACAAGAGCGUCAUUUUCUACGAGAACGCUGCGUUCAUGUCAAGCCGGAAGGGCCAUGCUGCGUUGAUAGCUGUCCCACUUCCCCAUCACUUGGUCGAGAACGCGCCUGCGUACUUCAAGGAAGCCAUACUCGCUUCGGACGAACAGUGGGGCCAACACAAACCGAUCAUCGACACGCUGGCUCUGGUUCAGAGAGCCGGUUAUGGCAAGGCGGCAUUUCGCAGAGCCAUGGUGAAGGAAAUGCCAUACUUCCACGUGUUUUACACGCUCGACGGCGGCAUGGGUCAUGUCAUCGAAGACGAGCGUCGUUGGCCGAAGGGAGACUUAUUCGCGCGAGAGAUCAUCGGCGGCAUGCUUGAUAAAGGUCCUGAGACUAUCAAAAGACAGGGUCGAUGGGAGAAGCAUGACAGACGAGUAGAAGGAUUCCGGAAGCGAUGGUCAGCCUUUGAUUGGACAAAGGCGUUGAUGGAGCCGCAGUGA